AUGGGGACUCACGGUCGACGACGCCAUUCCCGUCGCCAACCUCCACCGGUGCUACUUCCGCCGCCGACCUCCACUGGCGCUACUUCCGCCGCCGACCUCCACCGGCUCUACUUCCGCCGCCGUACACGCGAUUCUCGUCCCCGCCGGCCAAUCCAUGGCGGCUCUGUCCCCUGCGACGCCAACCGAGGGUCCCCACUACCGACUUCUGACUUCUCCGUCAUCCGUCGCUCCAGCGCCGCCGAGCCGGCACCGACGUCUACCACCCAUGACAGCCGCUUCAGCCCCGCCGCUUCUUCCUUCAUCAACCCAACAUCUGCCACCCAUGACCGCCGCACCAAACCCGCCGCGUCGUCCUUCAUCUCUCUUCCGACGAGGGAUUGUUCUUGGUGCGGUGGGGGAAGAGAGCCCGCGGCGAAGUUAGCUGCUCCGGCUGUUCGAGGGAACUCCACGACCAUGAUGCUCCACCGCUCGAUUAUGUCCGGGCUGUCCGGCGACAUGGACAGAAGCAAUUUCGGGAGUGAGGAAGAUGCCCGAUUUCUGAAAUUAUGGUUGGAUGGGGUGGGCUUGUUUUUGUAA